AUGAGUAAUGUGUGCAACGCAGCGCAGCCAGUGAAGGAAUAUAUUAUCCCCCUGGCCCGGGUGGCAGUGAUGAAUGUCUGGGACAAAUUCGCUGCAGUCACCCAGGAAGCUCCACGGGCCCGAGAGAGCACAGAGAACGAGAGACACACAGAUAAUAUCCAUGAUGAGAAUGGGUUAAAGCCAGUCAUGGUUUACAUCCACGGAGGCUCCUACAUGGAGGGAACCGGCAACAUGAUUGACGGCAGCAUCCUGGCCAGCUACGGGAAUGUCAUUGUCAUCACAAUCAACUACCGGCUUGGAGUUCUAGAUCUGUUCCAGAAAGCCAUCAUCCAGAGUGGCACAGCACUGUCCAGCUGGGCGGUCAACUACCAGCCUGCCAAGUACACACGAGCCCUGGCUGAGAAGGUGGGCUGCAACAUGCUGGACACCAUUGACCUGGUGGAGUGCCUGCAAAACAAGAACUACAAAGAGCUGAUCGAGCAGUACAUCACACCUGCAAAGUACCACAUCGCCUUUGGGCCUGUGAUUGAUGGUGACGUCAUACCAGAUGACCCCCAGAUCCUCAUGGAGCAAGGGGAGUUCCUCAACUAUGACAUCAUGCUGGGGGUCAAUCAGGGCGAAGGGUUCAAGUUUGUGGAUGGCAUCGUGGACAGUGAGGACGGGGUGUCUGCCAAUGAUUUUGACUUUGCUGUGUCGGACUUUGUGGACCAUCUCUAUGGCUACCCAGAGGGCAAGGACACUCUGCGCGAGACCAUCAAAUUCAUGUACACGGACUGGGCAGACAAGGAGAACCCAGAGACCCGGCGCAAGACCCUGGUGGCUCUUUUCACUGACCACCAAUGGGUGGCACCAGCAGUGGCAACAGCUGACCUCCACGCCCAGUAUGGCUCACCCACCUAUUUCUACGCUUUCUACCACCAUUGUCAGAGUGACAUGAAGCCCAGCUGGGCUGACUCGGCCCACGGUGAUGAAGUACCGUACGUGUUUGGAAUCCCCAUGAUCGGCCCCACGGACCUCUUCAAUUGCAACUUCUCCAAGAAUGACGUGAUGUUGAGUGCUGUUGUCAUGACCUACUGGACUAACUUUGCUAAAACAGGGGAUCCAAACCAACCUGUUCCACAGGAUACAAAGUUCAUCCACACAAAACCCAACCGGUUUGAGGAGGUAGCCUGGACUAAGUACAACCCCAAAGACCAGCUCUACCUUCACAUUGGCCUCAAACCUCGAGUCCGAGACCACUACCGUGCUACCAAGGUCGCUUUCUGGUUAGAACUAGUUCCACAUCUCCACAACAUAAAUGAAUUUUUUCAAUACGUAUCCACCACCACCAAGAUACCUCCGCAGGACACCACCCCGUACCCUUACACCAAACGGUUCCCUGGCAAAAACAACUGGCCGUCCACUACCCGCCACCCAGGGGUCCCGCCUGCCAACACCAAACAGACCACCGACCAGCGCAAGAGUGGUGACCUGACGGAUGAGUCGACUGUGGUGAUCGAGACCAAGAGGGACUACUCCACUGAACUUAGCGUCACCAUUGCAGUCGGAGCGUCCCUGCUCUUUCUGAAUAUCCUCGCCUUUGCUGCGCUGUACUACAAGAAAGACAAGCGACGGCAUGAGUCAAAUCGGCGCGUCCCCACCCCACAACGCAACUCUGCUCCGACCAACACGCCAUCCACUGCCAACGACGUGGCCCACCUGCAGAGCGAGGAGCUGAUGUCACUGCAGAUGAAGCAGCAGCAGCUGGAGCAUGAGCACCACCACGAGUGCGAGCCGCUGCAGACCCACGACACACUGCGCCUCACCUGCCCGCCCGACUACACCCUCACCCUGCGCCGGUCGCCUGACGACAUACCCCUGAUGACGCCGAGCACCAUCACCAUGAUCCCCAACUCACUGGCUGGCAUGCAGCCUCUGCACAACUUCAAUACUUUCGGUGGCAGCCAGAACAGUACCAACUUACCCCACGGCCACUCCACCACACGGGUAUAGCUCCCCUGGGACAGGCUGGUGCCGGAUUCCGUCUGGAUCAGCCACUAACCUCGCAAGGCAAAUAUGACAAGAUAAAACUGUGUGAAGCACAGACUCAGCAGAUGUUAUUUUGCUACCAUGCCUUCUUGAAAAGUAUAUACAGUAUAAAUUGAUCAUGAACUCAUGAAAAUAUUCAGUGAAUGUUACUAUAGUAAUAACUCUAUUUGGAGCUAAGCUUCAUGGAAGGUUUCGAGGAGUUUUACCAAAAGACAAGGCAACCAGGGGAUGACUGUUAAUAUUCUUACAACACAAAAUGAAUUCAGUGUGACAAAGAGACCUUUGCAGAGGCUUUCGUGCCAUAAAUAUAUAAUGGGAAGACAGUGGCAACAGUUGAACGUCUGAAACAUCAUCUUUUCAUGAUCCUUCAUGCAUCAGACACCUGACUUGGGCACAGAAUUCAACACCCCAGCCUGAAAUGUAUUUAUGAAAAAAAGAAAAAAAAAAGAAAAAAGGUAUAUAGUUGUGCGUGGCAAUUUAAAAAGUUAAAAAAGAAAACAUUAUAUUAAAAAAGCUCUUCCUAUUAUUGUUUUUUAUUUUGGCUGAGAUAUUUUGGGUUUUUCGAGCUUGUGCUUUUAGGUGCGUGUAAAUAUAUCCAAACAUUCUCCAUUCUUUUUCUGAUUACGAUCUGUGUUUCAUUAUUUUUAUUUUUUUUCACAGAACGACCAAAAUGCGAACACAAUCUCAUCCUCGGAGAUUUGCACACCAUGCGUCUGCAGGUCAUCACAUACAGAAGUGUCUCGUGCAUUGCUUUGUUUCCACUCUUUAGACAUUGCAUGUCCAGGAAGAGCUUUACUCUCCAUUUUCAGACAAGUCUCCUGUCUGAGAAUGAGGACUGAUUUUGAUCCCAUCACCUGCUGUCAUCCUGUUAUGCUUCCAAUAGUUUUCUUUGUGGGCUUUUUCUGUCUUGCAAUCAGCACUGCCUGAGCUUACAAUGUGACCAGCAAUGUAUUAUUUAGAAAUAAAAAAGGCAGUGAAUUUUUUUGUAUCAAUAUUAGUUGGAUAUGUUUGUAAAGAAAUAUAUGUUAGAUAUUUCAAAUUGUCAUAUGCUAGCAAUAUGUAAAGUAUUGUGCCAGGCUUGUGAUAUUUUGGGUUACAAAAGCAAGUGAAUGAGUGUAAAUAUUAAU